AUGGACAUUCUCGUAGAGCGUGGAGUAGUACGAAUCUUAGAUUCAAAGGUACUGGUACUUAAACUUGUACUUAAACCAUAGGAUUAUUGAAAGACCGGACAAGUCAUCGACUAAACUAAGAGUGGUGUUUGAUUCAGCAUCACCAUUUUAAGGUAUAUGCCUUAACGAUGCAUUAGAAAAGGGACCAAAUUUCACGAACUCUUUAUUCAGAUGCCUGUUAGCUUGGAGAGAAGAAAGGUUGCAGUUACUGGAGACAUUUCUAAAAUGUUCAACCAGAUCGAGAUGUCUGAAGCAGAUCAAAGGUUUCAUCGCUUUAUUUGGAGAUAUGGGAAUGAAAGUUGCUCUGCGCCGUUUGCGUUUCAGUGGAAACGUGUUCUCUUUGGGGAUACUUGUAGCCCUGAUUUCGCCAUGUUCGUCAUUCGCAUGCUAGCUAAUGUUAAAGAAAACGCCCAACCGAUUGGUGCAAAAGCUUUGAAAGAAAAUACAUAUAUCGAUGACGUUGCGAAUUCAGUCUCGGAGCCAGAAGAAGCAAAACGAACUAUUACGGAGGUUGACAGCAUUGUAGCAAUGGAUAAAUUCUCUAUCAAAGCCUGGAAUUCCAAUCACGCAGCUGUAGAUAAGAAUCCGCCAGAGAACGAGGUGGAUUUUCUCGGUCACAUAUGGGACAAGCUUAAAGACACAUUUAAGGAGAAACCGAAAACAGUCGUUUUCCCUGGCGCAGAACUUUCGAAAAUCAGGCCUUAAAAUAUCGGUAGGUCACGGACACUGUCCGACCCAUUCGUGAAAUUAUCCGUCGUAGAGAGGAAACCACCGGACAUUCUGUCCGACCAAAGUGAAACUGAGGUUUAUUGUUUGUCCGACCUGUAGCUUUGUCCAGCGUAAAUCAAAAUGUACCCUAUCCCAGGACUAGAGGCUCGUAUGUUAAAUGCCGGAAAAUUAGAGUACUAUUGUAUAAAAGGUGAACUGGAAAUUUGUUUUAACGUAGUCGAGCGCGGGGCGGCGAGCGAAAUGGUGAAGUGGAAAACGGGCUUAAGUUGUGUAAGUCUUUACUGCUGUUCUGGAAAGCAAGCUAAUUUUGGCUUGGAAAUAAGUAUGAAAGAAACAAAUUAUUUAAUAUCUUCACAACAUUUACCGUUCAGAAUUAAUACAUUCUGCUGAUAUUCAUUUUGUCGGCAUUCAGACUUACUUCCGAGUCUCAAAACUGAACAGAAGGUCAUCGGACAUAUGUCCGACCCAAACUCAACGUCAUCGGACAUUUUGUCAGACUGCCCUGUAAAAGAUAUUUUAAGGCCUUCGAAAAGGAAUGUCUUGGGAUUGGUGAUGAAACUUUGGGAUCCUCUUGGCUUCCUUCUGCCUGUCACGAUGAAAUAUCGAAUGGAUCUACAAGCCAUUUGGGAAGCUGGAUUCAAAUGGGAUGACCCCCUGUCGGUAGAAACCAUUGAUGUUUGGCAGAAGCACGUUGAGGGGAUGAACAAACUUGCCGAGGUGGAAUUAGAUCGAUGUCUUAAACCCCCAGGAUGCCAGAGGAUUCCCACAACUACAUGCUUUUUCAGACGCAGGAGAUCGAGGGUUUGGCACUUGCAUAUUUCUGAGAUGAGAAACGACAGAUGGAGUAAAACUAACCUUUGUCGCCUCAAAGGAAUUUGUUGCCCCGCUUAAACACAAGUCAACGCCCAAGAAAGAAUUAAUGGGAGCGAUAGCGAUGAGUAGGCUAGUCGAAGAAGUUGUAAAAGCCCUAAAAUACAAUUUCGAAUUGAAACGAUUCUGGGUUGAUAGCAAGGUAGUUAUCUAUUGACUUACAUCACAGUCUUCAAGAUUCAUCCCGUUCGUAGCAACGCGGAUUCAAGAAUUUCAGGAUUCGCACGGCAAUGUGAAAGAAGAAUUACGAUACGUUCCAAGCAAGCUCAAUCCGGCAGAUGACCUAACAAAACCGAUCCCUGUUGAAGCACUUAAACAUUGGCAUCAAGGUCCUGAUUUUCUCAAACAGCCCGAGAGUUCUUGGACAAAGUUUGAUGACAAGCUUGAAACCGACAGCGAAAUAUUAGAAAAGCCAAAACCCAAGGUAAAGAAGUAUCGCAGGGUAAAGGGUGUGCAUGCCGUUCAAACGGAAACAAGCGAAAGUAAAGACUUCGGAACCCGACUAGCAGAGAAACUUUCAUCCUGGAUGGACUUAGGGACCGUUCAUUAUUUAUACCUGGGGUUGGUACCGAAGAAAAGCGAAAAACACUGUAAUUUUUUUAUUUACCCAACCUCAACAUUGGUCAAAAUAAUGUUUACCCAACCCAUGUGUUACUGUACUUAAUAAUUAAACACACAAGAUUAUAUGGUGACAGAAAUCAAGUUGCCUAAAUUUUAAAAGCUCACUCAGACUCAAUCACUGAUAGUCUACUUUGGUACAGAAUGUAUUGUGCACAUUUUUCUUCAUAUUUUCCAAUGCAUGGUAAUUUCGGUUUUAUUUUAUAGCUGACAGACAGCCACAAUUUUUUUUUACCCAACCCAUGAGCUAGUCAAAAACUUGAUUACCCAACCCAUAUCUCUUCGGUACCAACCCCGGGUGUAAAUAAUGAACGGUCCCUUACUUGAAACUGUUGCAUUGAGUAAGAUUGUUUUAUGUCAAAAGACCUUUUCGUUCGUUGAAGCCCUGGUUGAAGAAAGCUCUGUCAACGUUGUGGAGGAGCUUGGCUCAGCAAAACAGAUUGUUAUUAAACUUUGUCAAGCAUCUUUGUAUGAGGACUUGGAGAAGACUCGACGAAAGUAUUUCAAACACGAUAUACGUGUGGAUGCCUUUGGCGUCCUUCGAAGUGGAGGAAGAUUAGAUCAAUCAAAUCUACCUGACGAGUUAAAACACCCCGUUAUCCUCCCUGCAGGAAGUCAGCUGGUUCGUCUUUUGGCAGAGCAUUGUCAUCGCAAGUUCAAGCAUCAAGGUUAUCGAGUCGUUAUUGCCAAUCUUCGCCUGGAAGGAAUCCUAAUAGUCGGAGGAAGAAAGUUAUUGAAAUCUGUUGCUGCUCGCUGUUUCUUUUGCAGAAUCAGAAGGAAAAAGUUUCUUCAACAAAGAAUGGGAGAGCUUCCAUCAUUCCGAAUCCAACCCAAACUUGCUCCGUUUACUUCCGUUGCAAUGGAUUUCUUCGGACAUCUUAAAGUCAAACAAUCACGAAAUGUGGCUGUGGAUGGCUCAGUUCUAAUCAUUACUUGUGCAACUACUCGUUGUAUUCAUCUUGAACUGUGUUUAACUCAAGAUACCAAUUCAUUUUGA